CUGAAUUUAAAGUGGAACUAACGUAAAUAUGACUGGAUACCUCUUCAUUGUUAUUUUUAUAAACUAUGCGUUAAUUGUGUCUUCCAAUGAGAGCGACUUGUUAACACAAACUGUUUAUGGCUUUUUGGACUUCACAACAACGAUUGGAAACACGGUUAUGGUAUUUUCUCCACAAAGCUCACCCCAGCUAGAUUUAAAAAUCAACAAGACAAGCAGUUUGGUAAAUGCAAUACAAACUAAACCGCUUCUUGCCGAAACUAAAAAAGGAAAAGAGGGAAUAAAACCAACUAAAUCUUCAGCGCCACCUUCUUCCCAAAGUUUAAAAGCACAAUCUGAAAUUUUAUAUAGAAAUAAUGUAACACUUUCACAAAACACUAUAAAUCUUAAUACUUCCAGUUCUCCGAUAGACAAUGUAAUGAAUAUUCCUGAAUAUGAUUUGCUUUCUCGACAACCCGAAGAAUUCGCAGAGGAAACUUAUCGUUUAUUUAAUUUAAAAUCCAAAGGCGACACGGAUCGUCAACGAAUUUUUCAUUCAACAAGAGACAAUCAUCCAACUGGACUUGUAACAAAAAUAAGUGAAACAUAUACAAAAAAUGGGCAGCCUAUAGUUAAGGAAACAAAUGUAUUGGGAACUUAUAUUUCUGGCAAAUAUGCCCAAAUACUUCAAGCAGGAUCUGUUAUUAAAAAUGACAGAAACACAAAAAUUCGUCCAACAUCUUCAGCUAGGAUUUUGAAAACGGGAAGUCCCUCCAUUCAACCAAGUAGAAUUACGAAAGAAACACAUUCUUCUCAAAAUGGAUUUACUAAGCACCAUCGGAAAAAUACACAAGUUAAUCGUGAACCUACUGAGAAAAGCAAAGGAACCACGAGUACCAGAAAAUCUUCACGCAAUAAAGGAAAGAGGAGAAAUAAAUCAUCUUCAACGAGUUCAUCCUCCAUUUCUCCUACUUCCACUGAUCCGAGCUCCCGUCGUUUAUACAGAACUAAGGCUACAACUUCAGCUCCGGAAUAUGAGACAACUCCUGGCCAGUACACAUUUAAGCUUAAUCGACGCCCAGGCCGAUGGCAAUACAAGUCAUCACCGAAACCAAAAGUUAAUAUUAGAAAGCAGUCCAGCAGUGCGGUAUCCAACUAUACAUUAAGCAAUGAUUUUACACCGGACAAUACAGAGGAAAAUCAAAUACAAAAGAUUAUUGGACAAGGUAGAGAUUUGGAAGCAUCGGGAUCUCAAAAUGGGCCGGGCUCUCAAAAUAGUCCCGUAGAAAAUGAUGAAAUUAAGCCUAAGAACUUUGUUCAAACUCUAAACGUGGAAAUAUCAACACCUAAUAACUUUGUCGACACCUAUUACGAAAUUGCUACGAUUAAGAGUCCAUUUAUAUUUCAGGCGGGAGUUGUCAAAAAGACUCGUUUCUUGACUGUAACUUCUACUAUAGAAAAAGUUAUUAAAGAUGAGCAUACAGAGGAAUACUCGGAGGAUGAUGGACCAUUGACGGAAAAUAUUUUAGAUCUUGCAACAAAGCCUAGCCCUGUUGCACUAGAUGGAAGUGUUACAACUCUGAACCCUAUAUUUAUUUCAGACAGCUCUGAAACUCCAAUUCUUGAAACCGUAACUGAAUCGUAUUCCAUCACCCAAACAAAACUUAAAACGCAAAUCUUGCCUAUCAUUAAUGAAAAGCUUAAUGAAACCAAACUGUUUACUCUGAUACAGACUUAUGAUUAUACUAGCCUAAUAACUGUGACCCAAACGCUUUCGCCUUUAGGCGAUAGCUUUAAUCCGUCCAAAAAUUUCAAAGACUUCGAAGGAAACUUGGAUGAAGCUGGAUCUGAAUUUAACUUGGAUCUGGAAUUUGGCGAUGAGGAUAAUACUGAACAAUUCGAAUUUAAGGCCAAGAGCAAACUUGCAGAUCCUAAAACUGGAGUAAAUGCAACAGAUAAUUAUCAAAUUGGCACAUUAAGCAAUUUAGAAAAGAACCAAGUCCCACUGCCCAUAAUUAACACAUUGAAUCCACAAAACAGCGUUAUUACGUCGACGCGGCCAGUUAUCAAAAUGGAAACAAUUUGGGAAUCAUAUGUUGUACCCCUAAUCAAGGGAACAGAUACAAUCUUACGUACAUUAUCAAAGUCCGUCGGAGUAGCGGAGAAAACAGAUUAUGUUACAGAAAUUUCAACAGUUAUGUUACCAGCAACGCAGUUCCCCUUCUCCAUUAACCCCUACAAUCCAUACAACCCUCUUCUGCCGAUUCCACCUCAGCCACAUUUAAUAACAUCAACGGAAAUUUUACAAACCACCUUAACAGAAACCAAUAGCAAGGUUCUUAAGCUGACUUUUGGUGCUAGAACGGCCUAUACAACCAUUUAUUCGACUGCUGUUAAGCCAACAGCAGUCACAAGAUUAGUAACAACAGCACUUCCCAUUCAAAACACAGCAUCAUUUCCAAACUAUUAUCCGCACCCGUUUCCUCCCUUUGCAUAUGUUGGUUAAUGCCACCAUAAAUGAAGAUAGUUUCAGAGAAAUCAACCUUUUUAAAACAUUUUCUUGGAACCUGCCUAUUCGCACAAUACUAACAUUAGUGACCCAGAGUGAUACCUAAAUAGUAAAAACAAGGUAUUUUUUCUAAAAGAAAUAAAAAUAUAAUCUAAAAAUGGAUCACUCAAAAAACGAUUUACAUCUACACGUCUCAUAGCUACA